GGUCGGCGAAGUGUUGUAAUUAAAGUAUUCAUCUGAGUGAAAAGGAAACCUGUCUUCAGGCAUUUCCAGAUCCUGAUUGUGUUUGCCAAACUAACUCUUUUUUUUUUUUCUUUUUUCCCCCCCUCCCAAAGCUUUGUCUGUGGAAGAAUUAACAGUGAAGAGACCUCUGCUCUUAACUUUUGGAAAAAGCAGGAAAAUGGCAUCAGAAGACAUCACUAAGCUCGCAGAGUCACUUGCCAAAACCAAAGUGGGUGGUGGACAAUUGAGCUUCAAAGGCCAAAGCCUUAAACUCAACACAGCUGAAGAUGCUGAAGAAGUGAUCAAGCAAAUUGAGGAAUUUGAUGGCCUGGAAGCCUUGCGCCUGGAAGGCAACACGGUGGGUGUGGAGGCAGCAAAGGUUAUUGCCAAAGCCUUGGAGAAGAAAAGUGAGCUCAAGAGGUGCCAUUGGAGUGACAUGUUCACAGGCAGGCUAAGGUCUGAGAUCCCUCCUGCUUUGAUCUCUUUGGGGGAUGCACUCAUUGCUGCUGGAGCCCAGCUGGUGGAGUUGGACCUGAGUGACAAUGCCUUUGGGCCAGACGGUGUGCGUGGCUUUGAGGCUCUGCUGAAGAGCCCUGCGUGCUACACUCUGCAGGAACUCAAGCUCAAUAACUGUGGCAUGGGCAUUGGUGGUGGCAAGAUAUUGGCAGCUGCUCUGAAAGAGUGUCACAGGAAAUCAAGUGCCCAGGGCAAGCCUCUUGCUUUAAAAAUAUUUGUGGCUGGCAGGAAUCGUCUGGAGAAUGACGGUGCCACUGCCCUGGCUGAAGCCUUCGGGAUCAUUGGGACUCUAGAAGAGGUCCAUAUGCCACAGAAUGGAAUUAACCAUCCUGGCAUAACAGCACUGGCACAGGCCUUUUCUAUCAACCCACUGCUUAAGGUUAUAAACUUGAAUGACAACACCUUCACAGAGAAAGGAGCUGUGGCCAUGGCAGAGACUCUGAAGGCACUUCGGCAGAUUGAAGUGAUCAACUUUGGGGACUGCCUGGUGCGUUCCAAGGGUGCUGUUGCUAUUGCUGAUGCUGUUAAAGAAGGGCUUCAUAAAUUAAAGGAACUAAAUUUGUCUUUCUGUGAGAUCAAACGAGAUGCUGCUCUGACUGUUGCUGAAGCUAUUGAAGAUAAGACAGAGUUGGAGAAAUUGGAUCUCAAUGGUAACUGUCUGGGAGAAGAGGUGUGUGAGCAGCUCCAUGAGAUCCUUGAAGGCUUCAAUAUGGCAUCAGUGCUGGGAUCUUUGAGUGAUGAUGAAGGGGAUGAGGAUGAUGAUGAUGAGGAGGAGGAAGAUGAUGAGGAAGAGGAAGAAGAGGAGGAACAGCAACAGCUGAAGGAGAGGGGAGCAGAAGAACAGGAGUCACUGACUCCUAAGAAGAUAAUUGAUUCACAGGCUUCAACUCCAGUGCCAUCUCCUCCUGUGGAUGUUGCCACUUUCCUUGCUUUCCCAUCACCAGAGAAGCUGCUGCGACUAGGACCAAAGUGCUCUGUGCUGAUAGCUCAACAGACAGAUACAUCUGAUGUAGAGAAAGUAGUUGCAACCCUCCUGAGGAUAUCUUCAGUCUUCAAAGAUGAAGCCCCAGUGAAAACAGCAGUGCAUGAAACAACAGAUGCCUUGAUGAAAAAGGCCUUUGGUUCUGCCACAUUUAAUUCAGAUGCAUUCAUCACAAAUCUCUUGGUCCACAUGGGACUACUGAAGAGUGAAGAGAAGAUCAAAACUGUUCCAAGCCUUUAUGGUAUUCUUAUGACCUUGAACCAUAUGGUCCAGCAGGAUUAUUUCCCUAAAUCCCUGGCCCCAGUUCUCUCGGCUUUUGUUACAAAACCCAACCGUGCUCUUGACUCCUGUUCAUUUGCUCGCCACAUGCUCUUACAGACCCUCCACCAGCUGUAAGAGACAAGAGAUGUCAAGAUGGCAAGAGAUGUGUCCUUCCUUCCCCCAAGGACUGUCAUCAGCAGAGAGC